GGAGUUCUAUGUAUUGCAGAGUGACAGAAAAGAGAAAAAGAGGAAGACGAGACUCGCUCCUUCUCUCUGCUUGUGAUCAUACAUUACAUAUCAGAGAUGCUACUGCGAAGCGCAUCUACGCCAAUACUCAACUCGUGGAUUUCGCACACUAAAGAAUCCUCGCCGGAGCCCGAAAUCUGUCACCAAAUCCACAAAUUCCGGUCGCUUACUUUAACAGCUUCUUCUACCAGUCCUUUCUCUUCGUCUUCCAGUUCCUCUCAUGACGAUUCCGUCAAGAAAAUGAUCAGAGCACUCUCUGAGAACGAUCUCAAGCACCUUCCGUUGCCCAAGAAGAAACCCAUGAACAAAAUCAUGGAUGCUGUUAUGCUUGAGGAGGAAGACGAGAAAACGGCAUUGGUGGGUCCUGGUUGUUUUACGUUGGGAGCUAGUGUGUUAAAUGAGGAGUGUGCGGUUGGGACGAAGGAUGAUGGGUUGUUGGGAUUUUUGGUGGAUGGUGGAGUGGGUAGCGGUGGCGGGAAGAUAUAUGGCGGUGGUGGUGGGAGUGGGGGCUCUGGCAGAGGAGAUGAUGGGGACUCUGGGUUUUGGGACUCGAAUCUUGGGAGUGACAGUACAGACGUUUAUUAUCAAAAAAUGAUCGAAGCAAAUCCGGGGAAUUCGCUGCUGCUUAGCAAUUAUGCGAAAUUCUUGAAAGAGGUUCGUGCAGAUUUUGUAAAAGCUGAAGAGUACUGUGGGAGAGCAAUCUUAGCAAACCCCAAUGAUGGAAAUAGUUUAUCUAUGUACGCUGAUUUGAUAUGGCAGAGCCAUAAGGAUGCUUCUCGUGCUGAGACAUAUUUUGAUCAAGCUGUUAAAGCAGCCCCUGAUGAUUGUUUUGUGCUAGCAUCAUAUGCUCGGUUUCUGUGGGAUGCUGAAGAAGAUGAGGAGGGGCAAGAAGGAGAAGAGAUGAACAAGUCAUCACCACCGACUCUGUUCCAUGGAACAUCACCUCCUGUAGCUGCACCUUCAUAAAUUUAUGCACUCUCAGAUCUGAAUCCUGUAUUAUGGAUACAACUUCUGACCGAUGUUAAUAAAUCCUUUCAUUUUAGUCCUGGUUCCCCUAUGUUAAUACAUGCUUUCUUUUCAGGCCUGGCUCCGUUUCUGAGAUGAGUUUUUUUAACCAGUUGUUAUAGUUUGUGCUUAUGGGUUGUUGAUCCAUAUAAUGCGGAAGGAAAUUAAGAAAGGGAAUGAAUCUUUGUUGGAAAA